CAUGUAUUUAAAUAAAAAUAACAUAUUGCGACUACUUCAACAACUCAGGUACUAACAAAAUAUAAUGUUAUGGCAAUACUUGAUCAGCAUUAAAAAGGAGAACUAUAAGGCUGUACUGCCAUUUAAGAUGAGAAAUGAAUUCGGCAGAGGUAUCCUGUCAGUGAAAUGCUGCAGCAAAUAAUCUAUGCAAACAAUAGGCGUGCCUUGGGGCUACGACUCAGAGCCGGAACUGCACGCAGAAAACCCCAGUAUAUAAACUACUGAGAGAGCCUGAAUACGCAGAUCUGCAAAAGCUUCAGAGACCUUGGGAGACUGUUGAGGAAUGUUUAACGGUAGAGUGGGAUAGCAAAGAGCAUUGUUUUGAGAAAUAAAAUAUGUUAAUGUAGCAUAGGUCACUAGCUAUGUCAUAUUAACUCAAAAAAGGUUAUAACGAGCACACAGUUGCAAAUAAAAUAUACAGGUACAAUUUAAUUACUGCUUGAAAACGGAUAAGUGGUCAAUGUAAGUAUAUAUAUAUAUAUAUAUUUUUUUUUUUUUUCAAAGGAGACCAACAACAACAAUAAAUCCAUUUGGAAAAGACUAUCUUAUUUAUGUAGCAAGGUUAAAAAAGAGUCAACACACGUUUGCUAUUUUAUUAUAUAGUUUUUUGUGGUUUUUUUUUUUUUUUUUUUUUUGGUUUAACAUGGCAGAUGGUGAACAUGCCAGCGCUAGUACUAGUAGUAGUACUGGGAAUAGCCUUGGUACGGAGAGCAGCAAUUUAAACGUGUUGAACUGGGAGCAAGUGCAGCGCCUGGAUAAUAUAUUGACCGAGACAAUCCCCAUUCACGGCCGAGGAAAUUUCCCUACUUUGGAAAUGAAACCCCGAGACAUAGUGAAAGUUGUGAGGAGCAGACUGGAAGAACACAACAUAAACGUGAGAGAUGUAAGGUUAAACGGGUCUGCAGCAAGCCACGUACUUCACGAAGACAGUGGCUUGGGGUACAAGGACCUGGACCUCAUUUUCUGUGCAGACCUUAAAGGCGAAGCGGCAUUUCGAACUGUCAAGGAUAUUGUUCUCGACUGCCUCUUGGAUUUCUUGCCAGAAGGGGUAAAUAAGCAGAGGAUUACACCUCUAACCCUAAAGGAAGCCUAUGUGCAGAAAAUGGUGAAAGUCUGCAACGAUUCAGACCGGUGGAACCUUAUAUCCUUAUCCAACAACAGUGGCAAAAAUGUGGAGCUGAAGUUUGUGGACUCCUUGAGACGUCAGUUUGAAUUCAGCGUAGACUCUUUCCAAAUCAAACUUGACUCUUUAUUACUUUUUUACGAAUGCUCUGAAAACCCCAUGACAGAAACCUUUCACCCCACCAUCAUCGGAGAGAGUGUCUACGGAGACUUCCAAGCAGCCCUUGACCACCUGUGUAACAAAAUCAUUUCCACCAGGAACCCAGAAGAGAUCCGAGGAGGUGGGCUUCUCAAGUACUGUAACCUGUUGGUCAGAGGCUUCAGGGCAGUUUCAGAGCCUGAAAUCAAGUCUCUCCAGCGGUACAUGUGCUCCAGGUUCUUCAUUGACUUCUCCGAUAUAUGCGAACAGCAACGAAAGCUGGAAGCUUACCUACAAAACCACUUUGUGGGACUGGAGGACCGCAAGUACGACUAUUUAAUGACACUUCACGGGGUUGUUGAUGAGAGUACAGUGUGCUUAAUGGGGCACGAGAGGAGACAGACCCUCAACCUUAUUUCCAUGCUAGCCAUUAGCGUCCUGGCAGAGCAGAACAUCAUCCCAAAUGUGACAAAUGUAACCUGCUAUUACCAGCCGGCCCCUUAUGUGGCAGAUGCCAAUUUCAGUAAUUACUACAUUGCCCAAGUCCAGCCUGUGUUCACCUGCCAGCAACAUACUUUCUCAACCUGGUUGCCUUGCAACUGAAACAAAAAGAGACAUUUCCUAUGUAUGUAGAAAAGGGGUUGAACCAGUUAAGGGUGUUUGAUGGAUUAAAGGUCUGCUCUAGCUUUCACGCUUGAUAAACCAGGCGUUUUUUUUUUUUUCAUAUUAUAUUGGAGCAAGAUCUAAAGGAUAGGAAAAUUGGAAUCCGCUCCAGAGAGAUCUGUCAUUAUAAGCAUAUAAGCUUCAGCUUUCCCUGCUGCAAAGGGCAAGGAAAAGCUUCAAUGACAAUAAGGGACUGAUGUAAAACUCUCAUAGCCACUAUAAAGCAAGAGCUGGGAAUUCUAAUACUAUUCAGUGAGAUCUGGAAGAUCAUUACAUAUUUUCCCAUGAUGCUGUUCAGAUCUGUUCAAGCUAAUUGAGUUAUAUAGUCUAGAUCGCUGCACUUGGGUCUAGUAUUGGUAGAUCAUGAAGGCAGAAAGUGAAUGUGUGGUUUAGAAGUAACAGAUCCAAGGCAUAAAUAUAGCAUCUAAAACUGGUGAUAUGAUCUGAGGGUCCCAGAGUACACAAUUCACAGUCCGAUAUUGCAGGGGGACAAAAAAAAUAAAAUAAAACAAGUUGUUAUAAACCUGAAAUAUGUUUACAGACCAAAGAUUUUUCAUUUUAAAUACCCAAGUUUGAAAACAUAGUACUAUAUUUAUAUAUGUUAACAUGAAUUAAAGUGCCUAAUACCUAUGGCAGGUGCAAAAGAAAAGUUUUGUGGCUUUCCCAAUGUUUUACUUUAUCAGGGACACAAGACAAACAAACUAUAAAGCUUGUGAAUGUCUACUGUAUGUGGAAAAGCCCACAAUUGUCAUGAUGAAUACUUGUACAAAAUGACCCGUGCUCUUUGUGUUCAUGUACGUUGAGUUUGCAAUACGGCCUUUAGACUCUGUAGAACUUAACCAGUGUUUUGUAAUACAGUGCUGUGUGUGUUCUUGUUUUAAACCAGAUGUCUUAAGACUUUGGACACUUCUGCAGAUAUUUGGAAAGGUACAGCUAAACUAGAAAAUCCCAGUUGAAUUUUAAAAGGAAUGUAUUUUGCAACUGGAAUAUUACAACUAAUAAGUUGAUCGAGUGAGCCCUAAUCUUUUGAUAAACGGGUAAUUGUUUUUACUACAUAUUAAUUCAACUUGAUCAAAUUUUGAAAAUGUGUUUGUAAAAAAAAAAAAAAAGUAAUAAAAAUGACAUUCCAGAUGUUACCUGCAGGUCAUGCUGCAAUAUUAUUUUGGGUACUGUAUAUUUUAUUUCAUUGAUUUGCAUUUGAUGCUUCAGCCCUAUUAAAAUAUGUUUAUUGACAAUCCCUCUCAGGUCAGUUGUUAAUAUAUAUUUGUAUACAACUUUUUAUUUUUUAAUGCAAAACUGAGAACCACACGACAUAGAUUAUGCUGGUUACAGUGUGAACCCGUAAAGCUAACACAUAACAGAAAUAACACAUGCAUUUCACACUGGUUAAAAAAAAAAAAAUACACAAGGGUAGUGUUCUUAUUCCACACAUUCUCAAGAUGAUUUAGAUAGCAUAUAUACUUAUUUACUUCAGCACCUUGCCUGUGAAUUCUACAGGGUCUGUCAAAGCUAUUGAAAUGUCUCUCAUUUUGUUUACCAAGAUUGUUCUACAUUGGAUCCUGUGCAUUUGGCUGUGUGUUCAGAGUAAGGCAACAUUGAUUGAUUGUGAGAAGGAAUCCUUUGCUUCCUGGAGCCUGUUCCUUUUAGGCUGCAGCUCAGAACUGAGGCAUACUUGUCAGAACUCUUAGUGCUGCUUUGAGUCCUCAGAACGGAAGCAAAGGGAGGGCUGGGGAAAUAGGAUCAGCUGGUGAUGGGGUUUGUCUUUUCUUACCUAAACUAUUGGUAGUAAAUAUGGGUCAUUCUCUCACAGAAGCCACUAUAAUCUACAGUUCUUCUAGAACCACAAAAAUGCUUAAAGUAAAUUAUGCAUCAGUAAUUUUUUCUGUGAAGAUAUUUUUCAUAUAUUUUGACUUUUUUGUUCCCCCUUGAAAAAAAUACUGGAUUUUUUAAAUACACUUGCAGGCAACAGUUCAUGCAGGGAACAGGGUCGCUUAUAUUUUUAGACAUAAUUGUCGCUUUAGAAAGAUCUACUCGAAUGUUGUGCAGCAAACUUACAGACAGACUUUUUUUUUCAGUAUACAGAUAUUAGCAUUUUAAGCACUAAACAUGGUUUAUGUCAACCUAAAAUGUACCUUUCAGAAAAUGUUAAUUAUUAUAAUAUUGCAUUCAACUGAAAAUACACAGCUCAAAAACUGACAUGUCAAAUUGGUAUCUGCGUAAAAGGAUUACAUGCAAAUUCAGAUUCUGUAUAGAGGACAUUGCACCGGAGAUUUCCUAUUCAUCUGAGUUGAACUCGCUCAUGAAAAUCAGUAUGCUCACCCUUCCACCAUCGGUUUAUGUUAAGUGUUUCCUUAAUGUAUUAUUUUGUUUUUUACACUGCUGACAAUAUUCCCUAUGACAUGUGUUAUGAUCUUAUUUUGAAUAACCCAUAGUUGUGAGGCAACUCCUUCUAAUAAACACUGAGGAUUUGUUCUGUCAUGUGUAAUAAUAAUAAUAAUAAUAAUAAUAAAUGAAAGCCUUUGCAUUCUUUUGGAAUUGAAUUUGAAGUUAUGGUCUGUUGCUGGGGGAGAUUAUAGUUGUGUAACAUAUGUUUCUUAAAAGCUGAUGUUACUAUACUUCAAAUCAUAAUUGAGCAUAAUCUAAUGUCUUAGAUGUUGCACAGUUUUGCUGGUUUUAAACCAAUGACCAGUACAUUGAGUAACCCUGCUGGUAAAACACAAGGGGUUUUAUGUGUUGCUGUAACAUAUCUACUGCAAGUCUUGGGCUAUUGCCUUUACACCAUUGAAAAGCUUAAAGACAUUUCAAUGUGAAAUCCUUUAGGUUGCUACUUGUUAAUUGUAUUAUGUUUACAUUAGCAAAUAAAAUGUUUGUGCUAUAAGCUGCAACAUGUUGUGUAGAAAAAAAAAAAAAGCUUGUAUAUUAGUUCUUAAGAGGUCAGGGUGAGGGGUUGUACUUGGAAUACUUGUUGUUGUUUUCAGUCCCCAAUCCUGUUAACUAAAUAAAUAAAUGGAUAUAU